GGGAGUCGGGAGCAGCGGCACCCCUUCUCUCCCCAGCGGCUGUGGGGGGCGGUCCCUGCGCGCUCCCCUGGGGGUGCAUUCCCCAGCGCCGUUUGAGGCCCCUCAGCGCCAUAAAUGCCAUUUGCAUCGGGAUAGGAUGUAACAAGAGCUGUAAAUCACUGACGGCGGAGGGAGCUCCUCCGGGGGCAGACACGGCGGAGCCGAGCCUCCUCGAGCCGUGGCAACGUGUGAACGGUAUCUUUUGUCGGGGGGCAGGACCGAUGGCAAUUAGAUGAUACUUAUCUGGCUCUUUGAUGUGUAUUUACACAAACAACGUUUUCCUGGGGGGCUUGCGGUAUAAAGCAGUCGUGCUCCCCGGCACCCUCCUUCCCGGCAGCCCCGAAACAAGGCAGGAUGACCAAGGCCCCGUUCUCCGUGGAGUGGCUGUCCCAGAGCAGCCAGGCCCCCAAGAGCCCCACUCAGGGCACCCCACGCCCAGCACCCUCCUCGGCCGCGGGCCGCCAGCCCUCCUCGGCUUCCAGCCCCGGCCUGAGCGAGGGGAGCAAGGAGAAAAGCUCCGGGAAAGGCGGCAGGAGCAAGGAGCGCUUGGCAGCACCUCCGGCUGCAGGAGCAGGCGAGCGGCCGCGGGCAGCGGGGCGGUCCCAGCCGGAGGGGAGCACCGAGAGCCCCGAGGAGGCGGCGGGCAGGGGGGGCCGGCGGCUGCGGACGGCGUUCAGCGCCGAGCAGAUCGGCACCCUGGAGAGCUCCUUCCAGAGGCACCGCUACCUGGGCGCCGCCGAGCGCCGCAAGCUGGCGGGCAAGAUGCGGCUCUCCGAGGUGCAGAUCAAGACCUGGUUUCAGAACCGCCGGAUGAAGCUCAAGAGGCAGCUGCAAGAGCUGAGGCCGGAGCCUUUCUGCGGCGCUCCCCUGCCCUACGGACCCCAGAGCGGCGUGGUGUCCUUGCCGCUGACCUGCGCGGCCCCACCGCCAGCUCUGCCCCGGCAAGAAGCGGCCCCCGGGGGCUUCACCUUGGCAGCGCUGCCGGCACCCACCCUGGACCUCAGCAGCGGCUGCAGAGCGCAGCCCGUCUGCUUCUGGGCAGCGCCCUGCUUUGUAGGUUAUAGUGAUCCCAGAGCUUUCUUGCUGGGGGUCUGACCCGACGGUACGGACUGUGACUAAGAAGGAUUUGCACUAAUGGUAGCUCUCUGGGCUGCUGCUGCCCGUAAAUGCCUGCUGGACUUACGAUGCAGCUCUGAGCCAUGUAUAGAGAAACGCUGGACAAUCUGGAUCAUCUACCUCACUCCUGCCAAAUACAAACAUAACAGAGCAAAUACUUGUAUAAAUGUAAUCUCUUCACAAACACUUCACAGCUUUCUUCUGAACCCAUCACAUGGAUUGCAGAACUAUUUAGCCUGCCCUAAAAGAGAGCUCCUCCCCAUUAAGGAAGCACAAACUCCUUAUUCUCUAGAUCUGUUUUAGCACAGGUUGGGAAUCAGAAUAAUCUUGUAUGGGCUGAAGCUUACAGUUAACUGAGGGUAAAUGCAAAAAGUGAAUUUCCCCCUGCCCCCCAAAGCAGGUAUCCAGUCUCUGCUGCUUCCCAUGUGGCACUUGCUGUGAUGGGGCUGUGAUUUUAACCAGAUACGUGGAUGCAUCUGGAAGUACCUACUAGUAGUUAAUAAUGGGCCUGCUAUGAAAUUGUGUUGGAGUCCUUUAAAUAACAUAUAGAAUAUGAUUUUUAAAAUGUAGAAAGUUACUUUUAAAUAAAUAUAAAAAUAUUUUGUCACUCUUACAUGGGUGGCCUCAGUAGAUUAAAUAGAUUAAGGCCCUCUUGUCUAAAUAGAUCUUGGAAAGGAUCUGACCUUGCAACUUCUUAUCAGUUGUAGUCCUAGCAAAAGAGUACUUCAGCAUCUCAUGUGCUCCUAAUGGGGUUUGAGGAUGGUUAUCAAAAGAAAUGCAAUAUUCCAAAGCUAUUUUUCCUUAAAUGGCAGUGAAGUUUGUUACCCUAGUGCUAUGCACUUUUUAUUUGAACAAUGCUCUAGAAAAGAUGAUCAAAAUGGCCGGAUUUCAGGCUGGAGAAAUGUCUCUGUUGAAUGGUCUUUGGCUGAUGUAAGUUGUCAUAAAUCUUUCAAAGUCGACUGUGAACUAACAUGAAAAGAGCAAUAAAAAUUUCCAUCA